AUCUCCUUACGAGUUCCAAGUUGAUAAAAAAACGGAAUUUGGAGUUUGGACCGAGUGGUCUAAGACCAACCGACAGUGUCAUGUCCAAAUGUAAGGCAAUGGAAUAAAACCAGCCUCAAAUUUACGGUUCCUUUCCCUGCUCUACUAUGUCACUCUCAACCCUUUGUAUCAGGCAUCACAUGACCCUCUCUCUCAAUUCUCUCGUGACAGAGAGAGAGAGCAAGCGACAAAAAGAACCCAAAAAGGCAAACCCUUUUCUUACUAAAUAGAGGGAGAGAAAGGGCCAAGUGAGAAGCUCUCACCCUUCACUUUCUCCCUUCGGUCUUUGUUUUCUCUCGUUAUUGUGUCAUUGUAAACUAAGGAAACCAAAAAAAAAAAAAAAGGAAAACCGAGGAAGAAAGUGAAAAAACAUAGAAAAAAGCAAAUUAAAAGGGUAUCUUUCCAUUUCUCUCUCUCUUCAGUGAUUCUACUCUUUCAGCUUGUUGUGUUUUCGAGUGAGAUAGCUUUUGCAUACAAAAGGUGAAACAGAAAGAGAGAGAAGACAAAAUAUUUAAUUACAAAGUUUUUUAUUUUCUUGAGAGUGUGUGUGUGGAUAUAAAGAAAGAAAAUGCAGCAGCACCUGAUGCAGAUGCAGCCCAUGAUGGCAGCUUAUUAUCCCAACAACGUCACUACUGAUCAUAUUCAACAGUAUCUGGAUGAGAACAAGUCAUUGAUCUUAAAGAUUGUUGAGAGCCAGAAUUCAGGGAAAUUGAGUGAAUGUGCUGAGAACCAAGCAAGGCUGCAGAGAAACCUCAUGUUCCUGGCUGCAAUUGCAGAUUCUCAACCCCAACCACCCGCUGCGCAUGCCCAGUUUCUUUCCAGUGGUGUUAUGCAGGCAGGAGGACACUACAUGCAGCACCAACAAGCUCAACAGAUGACGCCACAAUCACUUAUGGCUGCACGAUCCUCCAUGUUGUAUGCUCAGCAACCAUUUUCAGGCCUGCAACAACAACAACAAGCUUUGCACAGUCAGCUUGGCAUGAGUUCUGGUGGAAGCACAGCCCUUCACAUGCUGCAAAGUGAGGCUAGCACUGCAGGUGGCAGUGGAGCACUUGGGGCAGGAGGGUUUCCUGAUUUUGGACGUGGCUCUUCUGGAGAAGGUAUGCAUGGUGGCAGGGCAAUGGCAGGUGGAAGCAAGCAAGAUAUUGGGAGUGCUGGGUCAGCUGAAGUUCGUGGAGGGAGCUCUGGCGGUCAGGGUGGUGAUGGGGGUGAAACCCUUUACUUAAAAGCAUCUGAUGAUGGGAAUUAAGAGGUUAGAAUGGUGGAUCUGAUGGCCUGUUCUACCAUCUGGAUUUAGGAUAGUUAGGAUGAUCAAUUUAGGGAGAAAUAGGCGAAAAGUGGCCAAAACUUGUGGCUCAAGGAACGUGUUCCUUGUUCAAAAAACAAUGUUAUGACUCAGCCUCAGCCCAUUUGGCUUUCUGUUUCAGUGUGGGACAGUGCAUCUUAUGGUAAUUUAACAUGUAAAUUUGUAGGGUCUCAUGGUUCUACUUGUCUUAAUUUGUGUUUUACUUUAAUGUGGUAAGGUUCAGUUUCAUUAUGACUCAGUUUAGACCAUGUUUCAGCAGAUGAAUUUUGAUGGUAAUUUGCAGAGAUUGGGAAAGAAAAUUGUCACUGUUUGCUUUCU